AUGGCGUACAACAUGUCUCCUGAUCCCCUCUCGGCCAACUGGUCCUACGACAGCGCCAUUGACCUCUUCUCCCUCAACACCAUGAUGCCCGAGUCCUUCCCCAUGGACAUCCCCAACGACCUGUUCUUGGAGUCCAAGGACCUCCCGUCCGACUUUUGGGCUGCCCCGACCGACAUCAACGGCUUCACUGUCUCCAAUGAAGACUCCCUCUCUUCUGUACGCCUCCUCUACCCCUCUGCGAUAAACAAUACUAACAUCCCACAGGAGGAAAGCGACGACCAGUCAUACUCGCCAACAAACUUCAUGUCCUCAACCCCUCCAGCCUCAGCCGACAUCUCCCUCUCCUCCCCCAUCGCCCUCCCCCAAACAGCAUCCCAGAGCGCCGCCUCCAAACGCAAGGCCGCCUCCAUCUCCACCCGCUACUCCUCCUCCCCCGAACUCCACCCACAGCAACAACCCACCACCACAUCCGCAACAACAGCAACAACGUCAUCAUCCACAUCGACGGGUCGGAAAUCCCGAAACAACUCCGACGACUCCACCCGCGGCCGAAACGCCGCCAAGCGCGCCGCCCACAACAUCAUCGAGAAGCGCUACCGCACGAAUAUGAACGCCAAGUUCGUUGCCCUCGAAAAGGCCAUGGCUGUCAAGCCUUCUGGAUCGGGUGUCUCCAAGACAACAUCGACGUCGGCGUCGGGAGUCAAGUCCUCGGCGUCGCUGAAGAAGUCGGAGAUCCUGAGCAAUGCCAUUGCAUACAUGCAGGAGCUGCAGGAGGCGAAUGAGAGGUUGAGGAAGGAGGUUGCGACGCUGAAUCGCAGGGUUUCGUACUGCUGA